AUGCUAAACCGGGUGUAUAAGUUCCCGAAUUCAAAUUCACCCCGGACACCGACAUGUUAUAUACGAGGUCGCUAUCUGCGUCGCGAUGCCGCCCAAAGUCGUCGUCCAUUUAUCACUGCCAUGUCAGCUAAUACUUCCAAAUCCACUAAACAGCCCGCCGAGCCCCGCCCGUCGGCUAGUGUAGUGGUAGUGAACGAGAGGAACGAGAUUCUACUCGUCCAGCGGAACCCUCGAGCCCGUCAUUUCGGAGGUGUCACUGUUUUCCCCGGUGGGAACUAUGAUGCUAAGCAGGACCCGACGCUGGAAAUCACUGCAAUCCGAGAAACAUUCGAAGAAUCUGGCUUGCUCCUAGCCCAUUCUAAGAAGGGGGCUUCUCCCAGCAAUGCUGUUCUUGACGAAGCGCGGCAUGCCAUCCACUCGCAGAAGACUGCUUUCAAUUCCUUCCUCCAGGAGCACCUACUAGAACCAGAUACUUCAGCGCUACUACCGUUCACUCGCUGGAUCACACCCGUUGGCCCACCACGCCGGUUCCGGACACAAUUCUACGUGACAUUCCUCCCCGCUGCCUCGGCGUCAGGGUUUUCUUCUGGUGACAAAGAAGAGCGCCUCCCCAAACAUGAUGGUGGCCUGGAGGUAAUAUCAGCCCGAUUUAUCACACCUGAGGCUGCCCUUGCCGAAUGUAACGAAGGGAAGAUCACGUUCAUGCCGCCUCAGUUCUACAUAAUCACCACUCUGGCCAGCAUACUUCGUGGGGCAAAGAAUACUGCUGCGCAGCGGGCCACGGUGCAGCAACUCUCCCAGGGUGCCUUCGGCCAAAUGGUGAUCAAUCCUAGGCGUCUCAAAGAGCCCGACAGUGAGGGACGCGCUAUUUUAACGUAUGAAGGCGAUGAAACUCGUGGUGGGUCCAAGGGAAGGUUGCAUCGAGCUUUAGUAAGGCUUGACAAAGCUGGAAUCCUUACACAUGAGAUCAUCUUGCAACGGAACUUUGAUAUAUUUACAGAAGUCGAACCUCAAGCGUUUCACACACCGGGCUUACCCAAGUUGUAA